AUGGAUACGGGAGCCGAAAUUACCACCAUACUAUUCUUUUUAAGGCAAAGGCUACAAAGCUCCCGCGAAAGUUGGAGGUCAGAAUAUGACAUUGCAAAUGGAUAUGGGGGAGGUUUAAGAAUCUAUCAGGUCUCAAGGCCAUGGUUAGUCUAUCUUGGUGAUGGAACCAACUGGUCAAACUGGAUACGAACUCGAUCAAUUUACUCAUGGCCAAAGAAUACUUCAAGCGUAAACUGUGGUUUGGUUGGUCAUGAGAUUUUAGAUAACAUCCCACAUUUUAAAUCUGUAGGAAACCCUUAA